UGUGAGUGAGUUUUAGCAUAUUCAAAUCGCAAUCGUGAUCGUCGAGAGGAGCUGCAAAUCCAAAUCGUGAUGCCCAUCGCAAAAGGUUCUCGUCCGAAUUAAGAUUUGCAGUUGAUGAGCUUCCUAAAAAAAAAUCAGCAGGAUACAUAAGAAGAUGAAGAGGAUGUAGCGAUAGGUUAUAGCAGGAAGAGAAUCGCUUGAUAUUCCUAUUCGUCUUCUGUUUUUUCUCUUGACCAUGUCUUGAUGUAGAUGUUCUAGAACGACCCGGACGACAUCGUGAAAGAAAACAAAUGGCUCGGUCUCAUGGUCGUGAAGUAGAGUCGUGUCAAUUGAAUACCGUGGAGCCCUUGUCGCAAGGUAAUUGCAAAGUUUCUUCUUUCUUGCGUGUCCGCAGCGACUUCGCCGGUGGCAAUGGUGCCGGGCGCGCGAAAUAUUGCAGUGCCACCGCGGUCCUUGAUGUGUAUGUCGCUGCUCCACGCACGGGAUGGCCGCGCGCGGGCCGGAAAUACGUGAGAACUUGUGCGGCGCAUCGUGGAUCCGGAUGCCUUCUCGACCUCACGCAAGGUGCGGGACACGGAACGGAGGACGAUGACGACACGCCAGGUGGGACGGAUUCCAAAGCCAAUGUGGUGGGUGCUAGUGCUUGUGCGAGGAAUCGGAAUGGCGAAAGUGAGUGCAGCUGUGAAGUCCUCAUCUGUACUUCGGAAGCCGUCGCGCGUGGUGGCAAGGAACAAAAAAACGCGCUGCGGGAUGUUGAAGGCUUUGCUUUUCACAGGACAAAACUCCGACAAGGAAGUGAAGAUGGUACAAAGAAGCAUCUGACCUCGCCGUCCCGGGAGCUGCGGGAGCACGACGACGUCACAGUGGUCGUCUCCAAAGCAGACUGGCGACGCGACUUUUCCAUUGGCCGGAUUCGCGAGCUGCUGCCUGAAGAACAUUGCCUACCUCGCUUUCCCGGUGGCUGGUUUUAUCUGCGGAUCGAACAACCAGUUGACAGCGUCGUCGACACGGAUAAGGACGGAAACCGCGACGCGCCGGGUCCGGGUGCGGGCAGUAGCGAUGAAAACGCUUCCGGUCUUCAUGGUCAAUUCGGGAGGCACGGGAACAAGUCGACGAAGGUCAAAAACAUUGUUGUGCACAACAUGCGGCAGCGCAUGAAGACAAAGAACGAAAGCUCCGCCUCCUGGAAAAGAGGUGCACCAGACGAAAGCGAUGUUGAAGGCGGCGAGAACGCCGGUGGUGCUUCUUACACCCCAUGGUACCGCUACCGCAUUGAGAGUGGAGGCCACAUCAAGGACAUGGACAGCAUCGCAACACAUCAAAAGUUGGAUCGGACGAAUGGCAAUACAAAUGGUGUACUUUGGUCGAGUUGGAAACGCUGGCCGGCAACCCUAGUCACAGUCGAGAAGGAACGCCAGCUUUUUGCCGGCCCGGAACGGUUCAAGUACCGGCUCGCUCUUAAAGACGAAAUGUCAGCCUAUUCUGCUAUCGAAGUUGCGCACAGUGUGCCGUAUGCUCCCUCGGAGGCUUCGGAGUUCAUGGAACAAUGCCGGCGAAACUUGUUGUGCCAGCACCCGACGAGAUUGUCAACGUCAGCACGACCCAGGUUGGAGCGAGAGCGACACGUCGUCCAAGAGGAUCAUGCCCCUGCAGUUCGUGAACCUGGCCAGCUCAAAACUAGGCGACCGUUUUUUCUCUCGCGUAGCGAUGCCGUCCUCGGAAUGUCGUGCGACGGGGAAAGAAUUCCUCUCUACGUCUUCUCCUGUGAAAGCAACAGGGAGCAAGUCAGUGCGCUGUUGAGACGCAUGGAGAACAAACAGACGCAACACCAGAGCGCGGCUGAUGACGACACUGCUAGUACCUGUUCGACCGCUCCUUCCACUGUUGCGUCCCCGAUGGAUGUUGAGUUUGAAGUUGAACAGCCACCGCAGAUUGCACAUUUCGCGAAUUUCGGACCGCCGGCCGAGGAUGAAAAUCUAGUACCUACGGUAGUAAGAGAAUUGCCGCUCGUGACGCUCCAAAGCAGUAACAGCAUAGUUGUCACUCCCCUCGCGAAGAAGCCACUCAAAGCAGUAUUCUGCUCCGCGCGCUGUCACCCGACCGAAAGUGCAGCGUCGUUUGCCUUUGAGGGCUUCGUGUCGGCGCUGUGCGAAAAGUGGAGCGCAGAAGACUGGAUCUUCGUGCUGGUUCCGAUGCUGAACCCGGAUGGAGUUACCCGGGGUCACUUCCGCGCAAACGCCGUCGGCCACGAUCUGAACCGAUGCUAUAGUUACCAGAGCGACAGCCACAGACUCGGCGGCGCGUCUCCUGCGGCGGCUAUGGCUAAGCAGGGUGGCCGGGGCACGCAGAAACCAACACGAAGGUUGAAGAAGAACCCAGCAGCCGUCGGGGACCCAGAGACCUCGUCUGCGGUAGUGGCAGCUGAUUUCGAUGCCGUGCCGGCUCUUGUGGAACGUGUUUGGCCAGUGUUGCAAUCGUUUACUGACUUCUGCCUGUACGUUGACUUCCACAGUUUUGAGCACGGUGCGGCGGCGUCUUCCGCGCAAGAUCUCAGUGGCACGGAGCGCGGCGCGGGCUCUAGCGAUCUCCAAGAGCUCCAUCCCUUUGCUCCGCAAAGGUUGUCUAAAUCCUUCAUGUAUCACCAGGGAACCGACGACAACGAAGAUAUGUGCAUCGCCGAUAUCGAUUCCGCUUCCGGCCCGGACAAAACGUCGACCGUCACGAACACCAGCGUUGCGAUGCAAGAAUGCAUACAGUGCCGUUUCAAAAUUAAAGAGGCAAAGGAGAAAAACGGUGGAAGCGGUAGAGCCGUGGCCGCAAGAUUCGCACGUCAUUCCUACACCCUUGAAUCCUAUGCAGGCGAAUCUCCGGAACUGUGGCAUCAAGACGGCAGGGCGCUGUUGCAAGCAGUGCUAGAACAUCUUGACACAUCUAACGACACAAAACUUCUUCAGUAAUCAAGUAAAGCUAUAAUUGCAGUCUUCCUUAUCUCUCUGGGCACGCAGGCAGUUUAGUAUAGUAAGAACCCAAGAACGCUACCCUCUUUGUCUUUCGAAACUCAAUGCUUCGGUCUUUCCUGACGAUUCGGAUUCAUCCUCCAUAUUCCUGAAGAACGUCAAUGAAACCUAAUCUAUGAGGACAUCGAGCUCUUUGCUUCGCCUGAACACCACCAUGUCCAUGGCGAGUUGAAGAGAAUGCGGUGAAGCUUACACUCUCGUUUAUGCGAGAUCGCAUCUUGUCGAUCUUUAUCAUUCCCAUUCCAAAUUAGAGGCAGAGAACAUAUGAGACAACUAUCGAUUGAUCCAGGUGCUCGCUCCGCACAAGGAUCGACGACGAGGACGACGAGUACAAUAAAGCAGUCAUAUUCUUGUGCCAGAGAACUACUUCAAACGAGAACGAGCUCGAGCUUCAUUUCUGUUUACCUAGAUGAGCUUUUUUUUGACCCAAAAAGGAGCGAAUGACUAACCCUGUAU